AUGAAGCCCACCAGCCUCAAGAUGCUCCUCGCCGGAGGCGCCCUCUCCUCUGGCGCCCUGGCCCAGACGAGCGGCGACCUCACCAUCCUGGCCAUGAACGUCGCAGGCCUCCCCGAGAUCCUCCAGAACAACGAGGUGCCCGGCGACAAGACGACAAACUCCCGAACCAUUGGAUCGGACUUUGCCAAGUACAACUACGACAUCAUCAAUGUUCAAGAGGACUUCAACUACCACGCCUACAUCUACGAGAUGGACACGCACCCCUACCGCACCGCGACCUCGGGCGGCGUCCCCUUCGGCUCCGGCCUCAACACCCUCGCCAACUAUGACUGGAUCAACUUCGAGCGCAUCAAGUGGUCUACGUGCUCCGACGCCUCCGGCAACGACUGCCUGACCCCCAAGGGCUUCACCUUUAUGCGCCUCCGCAUCGCCACGGGCGUCUACGUCGACGUCUACAACCUCCACACCGACGCCGGCACCGAGGCCGGCGACGAGACGGCCCGCAACAGCAACCUUCAACAGGUCGCCGACUACAUCGACACCUGGUCCGUGGGCAACGCCGUCCUCGUCUUUGGCGACACAAACUCCCGCUACACGCGCACCGCGGACAAGAUUGGCGUCUUUGCCUCGCAGAACGGCUUGCGCGACGUCUGGCUGCAGCUCGAGCGCAACGGCGUCGUGCCCACCGUCGAGACGCUCUGCGACAACCCCAGCACCACAAACUACUGCGAGACGGUCGACAAGGCCUUUUACCGCGGCAACGCCAUCCUCAGCCUCCAGGCCACCUACUUCAACUACGAGAGCAGCAAGUUCCUCCAGCCCAACGGCAGCAUCCUCACGGACCACAACCCCAUCACCGCAAACUUUACCUGGUCCCUCUCCUCCACCCUGCGCCAGUCCGACUACUCGGGCGGGCCCCACGGCGACGCCUUCUCCGACCUGCCCACGCUGGCCGGCAAGACGAAGCCCAAGGCCUCGGUGCUCACGUUCCGGGGCGCGGAUCGACUCGACGCCGUCGCCCUCACGCUCGCCGACGGCACCCUCUUCAGCCACGGCGGCACCGGCGGCACGGCGACGUCGCUGACGCUGGCCGCGACAGAGUUCUGGACCGCCGCGAAGCUUUGCUGGGGCCAGAAGAACGGUGACACGCGCAACUUUUACAUUCAGGCGACCACCAGCACCGGCCGCACGCUCUCGGCCGGCACGUCAACCGCGGACUGCCAGACGCACACGGCGCCCUCGGGGUGGCAGAUUGUUGGCUACUUGGGACAGGACGGGGAUGAGAUUGAUCAGUUGGCAUUUCUCUAUGCGCCGCAGUAG